AUGAUAGACCACGUCCUUGGGCGGCCAUCUACAAAGUUCCGGAAGAUCCAGGUUCUUGCUGUACUUGUAUUCUGGUCUACCUAUCUAUUAAGAGGAAACAAGAAUGGCCCUCCUUUUAUCCGCAAAAUCUCGUCGCGCCUCUCAAAAAAGCUGAGCGUCUGGCAAACCACUGUCCUUGUUUUCCUCUGGCUCUAUAUUUGCCGCAAUUUUGCGAAAAUUGUCGGCCUUGAGUGCCCUGAGCCUUUAGCCAACCUCUACUCGCGCUCCUUUUUCCGGGCAACAUGGAUCGCGACUGGAUUAGACGCUGGGUUCUGGACGGCAAUGGGGAUAAAGCCAAAAUGGCUACGAGAUAUUGCGUCUCUGGUUUUCUCUGGUUAUUACCUUAUCGCAGCAGAACAGGCAGAUGAGAAGGUUCGCCGGGUACGUGCUACACUCACAGUAGAGCAUAUGCGUGUGUCAUGGAAUAAGAGCACCACACCGUAUCUCUGGGCACUCGCCAAAUUGGGCCGCCCGCGGCUCACGAGGUACCCUCCGCGUGCCAUCCGUAUCCCCCGACCAGCGUCCUCGAUAUACAAGGAGCCGACAAAUGCAUGGCUUUACUUCGAUGGGUCAUUGACUGCGCUACGUGAUCAAACAUGCAUUGUCCUUGAUAUUCCUGGGGGUGGUUUUGUUUCGAUGAGCCCUCGGCAUUCCGAAGACCGACUUCUGGCCUGGGCGGCGAGAACCAAAGUUCCCGUACUGAGUCUCGACUACAAGAAGGCACCGGAGUACCCGUAUCCGUAUGCUUUAAACGAGUGUUAUGAUGUAUAUCAUUCCAUUGUCUCUACCCGUGGGCGGUGCUUGGGCCUCAACGGACGGACUCGUCCUCGUGUCGUCAUCACUGGUGAUAGUGCUGGUGGUAAUCUCGCCACAGGCGUCACCCUUAUGAUCCUUCAAUCCGGCAGUACACAUGCCUCUAGAUGGCAAGGACAAAACAUGCUUCCACCCCCGGACGGGCUGGUUCUACCCUAUCCCGCGCUGAACAUGAAGAUAGAAAGCUGGAUGACAGAAGAGCAAAUGGCGUUGAUCCAAGAGAAAAGCACACGUCGAACCAAUGAGAGCGUGCUCCGCAGGAAAGAUAUGGACUAUCACCGAUUGACGCCUUUUACUUCUCCGGGAACGUCGUUCGGAGAUUUCCAGCGUGACUCUUUCUCUGAUGCAGACUUGGAAGUUGGAAAUUUGGUUGACGCGACCUCGGAGAAGUUGGCACAGCAACAGAAGAUGGACAUUCCUGAAAAUGAAGCGGCUGCUAUCACUGAGCACCAGCCUAAGCAGAUCCAAACACGGCUGGCCGUCUCAUCGAUGAUAUCGUACGUCAAUGAUCGUAUAUUAACCCCUGAGAUGAUGAGGGCAAUGAUCAUCCUAUAUAUCGGACCGCACAACCGCCCCGACUUCAAUACGGACUACCUACUCUCCCCAGCCUUGGCUCCCGAAGACCUUCUAGCACGCUUUCCCAAGACGUACAUUAUCACCGGAGAACGUGACCCUCUAGUAGACGACACGGUCAUCUUCGCCGGGCGACUGAGACACGCUAAGCUCCGCCAAUUUCAGGAACGACAAGAACUGGGCCUCGAAAAGUCUUAUCGUAGGUUCAACGCUAAAGACCACGUCGAGGUAUCCCUAUUGCCCGGAAUAUCUCACGGGUUCAUGCAAAUGGCAGGCUUCUUUCCAGAUAGCUGGAAGCACAUCUAUCGCUGCGCAAGUUGGAUUCAAGAUCUAUUCGAUCUCGCCCAGGCUAAAAGAUCAUCCUCUUAUACUAAGGCCCUCACCAACGGUACACAAUUACCAAAGGGACCUAAGUCCGUUCCUCGUGGAAACAACUCGCGCAAUCACAGACGCCAUCUCACCGGAGAGUCAUCCGGCGACGAGGAUAGGCCUCUCGAGAUAGGCAUCAAGAAAUUGACACCACUGACGCCACUGCAUCGCAGCUCCAGCGCCCCCAUCGACAGUACCGAUAUUGAAAGUCAAGCUAUCGCUGCCAAGGAUGGCGACAGCGAGGAUGCUAAAAAGGAACGCAUUCGUAGCGUCUCCCGAGGGCGAACUCUGCGGCCAGGAAUCACCAAGAAACAGCGUCCCACACCCAUGAGGUUAACGAUCCCUCCUCGAGACGGGUAUAUCUCUGGAUCGCCGAGUCCUGUUCCUUUGCGGGAGAGAAACCGAAGUAUCAACAGCCUUGCCAGCGAGGAAGACCUGAUUGACCGGCGCAUGAAUGGUAUAGCUGGAGGGUUGAUGGGAAUUGGCGAGGGUGCCAGGACGCCUUAG